AUGCGAGUAUCUAUAAACUAACCUAUAUAAACUCAGAAGGACUAAGAGACUUAGAAAGCAGAUGUAGGUAUUCAGUUUUAAAAUAUCUUUUAAGAGUAAAACUAAAUUAAUACAGCCUAAAGUAAUUCUAAAAACCCAAUAAAAAAACCCUUUUAGAAUUUCAUUAUAUCUAAGUACGAGGCAAUGAGUGAUAGAGACUUUAAAAAAGUACCAAUUAGCUUUAUUAAUUAGAUAUACAAGAUUUAAUCUAUUGAUCUAAAGAAAUUGCAUUAAGAAGCAUCAAAACCAAUACAAGAAAUGUCUCAAAGCUCUGUUUAAUUCUAUCAGACAAAACACAGUUUAUAGCAAAAUAGCGGCAGUAAUAAAAUGAAUCAGACUUUAGAUAAUAGACAUUUCCAUUCAAAUAAUAAAUUUGGAUUUUCACCUUAAUCGUCCCUAUCUAAUUCUCCAACAAGCAGCUUUCUUUAAGAUUAGAAGUCUAAUAGUAGUAGAAGUUUAAGUUUAAUUCAAAGACUAGACCAAAAUAACAUAGAUUCCAUCAAAGAAGAGAAUAUCCCUAUAAGAGAAGAACACAAUACAGUUAAGAUAAAGAAGGCAACUUCUGUGCUUACUUAACCUAGCUUCUAAGGAUCAUAUUAACAUAGUAGAAAUUUAAUAAAGACAUAGAAUGUAGAACUAAGAAGUUGUAUAAACAAAAACAAUUUCAAUACAAAUAAACUCUUUUUAAGAUAAUAAAGGUAGUCUUAACAGAACACACAAUUUCCAAACAUAUUUAAAUAAGUAGACAAUAAUCAAUUAAAUGAAAUAAAAGAUUUGUAAUUUAGAAAAGAUUUUAAGGAUUGGUAAUAACAGUUUAUUAAUCCUAACGAAAAGCAGAAUUUUUCUCAAAAUUUUUCAAAAAUAAGUGAUAGAGAUAUUUAAAAUAACUUAACAAGCAUUUAAUUAAGUAGCUCUAAGACAAAAAUAGAAUAAAAAGCGUUUAAUAAAAUGUCUUAAAAUAUACACAGCUUUACUUCUAGAAACUAAAUAGACUCAAUAAAUUUGAAAGAAGAAAAUGACAAGUAGAUCGAUCCUAAUAGUAAUAUUAAAGAACAUAGCUUAAAUUCCGAAAAACUACAUGAAUAUUUUUUUGCAAGUUAAUACAAGAAUUCUUCAUAAAAUAACUAGCUUUUAUCAGAUAAAAAUUAAUCAAAGGAAUUUUAAAAUCACCUCCAAAAAAAUUAGUUCAACUUAAACUAAUCAACUUCAUAAAGUUAAGUAACAAAAAACAAUCUGUAAAAAAAUUCUCAAAUUCAAAGAGUUUAGUCUCCAUUAAUCUAAAAUUUCAGCGAAAAGUUAAAUAGUUCAAUAUCUAAAGCUAACUCAGAAACAAUUUAAAAUAUUUAGAAGUUUAGUGUAACUUAAAAUAAUUUCUUCAAUUAAUAAGAUGGUGAACAAGAUAGGAUAAAAACUGAAAAUAAAUUGUUUUCACAAAACAAAAAAAAUUUAACAAUUUAAAUAAACAAAUUAUCAAAUUAGAAUUCCUGCGAAUUUAAUAAAAGUAGUGAAGUGGAUAUUAGCUAAGAUAAUCCUUAAUCAACAAAAAAUAUUCAAAAGAAUAAUCUAUUGGAAAGCAAUAAAGCAUCUUAAUAAGAGACAAUAAAUGUUGAUAAUCAAAAUUAGGAACAAAGAUAAGUAAAGAUAAAUGAAUCUAAGUUUGUCUUGCAUAAACCCUAUACUUACAAAAAAAAUAAAGUUUACUUAAAAAACUUAUAAAAAAAUAAUACUAGUCCAGCAACCUCUCCAAGUUAAAUUAAGCAAACUACUGGCAAGAAAUCUCCUGUGACUCCUUCAGAUAAUAAAAAAUCUAUGGAAAACCCCAAUUAGGUUCUAGCUCAAUAAUUUUUUUAGAAUUCACCAACUUUAUCUAAAAAUAAAAGUUAAUUUUCUAAAUAAUAAGAAAGCUUAAGUAUAAUUUCCUGUGAUGAAGUAAAUGAAAAAGAUAUAAAGACCAACACAAUUUUUAGAAGCCAAGAAAAAGAAACAUAAAGCAAUAAAAUAAAAAAUGAAAUUGAAGAAAUAAAAUCAGCUUUUGUCAGAGCCAUUUUAGAGGAAUAAGUAUUUAUGUACCAAGAGAAUUAUGCUAGCCUUGAAACAAAGAUAUUUGAAAGAAAACGUCAAGAGCAUCAAAUAAGUUUCAAGACAAAUAUGAAUUUAGGAGAUUCUUAAAAAAAUUAAAACAACAAACAAUUUCCCUUGCUUUAGGAAAUACAGUAGCUCAAAAAAAAUUAGAGUAAUAAUCAAACUACGAAUAAAAAUAUAGAUUUAUCACAUUCACCUUAGUUGAAUAAAGGGUCUCCAAAAGGUAGUUAAACUCCUAAAUUAAGUAACUUAGAAGAUGUUUUUUUUUAAGUUAGGAGAUCAUCGAUGCAACUAAAUAAACAAAAUUAAAAUACAUAACAAAGCUCAUAAGAAGGAGAUUAAGAUUUUGAUAAUCAUUCCUAAUUUAAAAACUAAGCAAUUACAGAUAUAACUAAAUAAAAUAAUGAACUUAGUAUGAGAAGAUCACAAUUUUCAAACUUGAAUUUUACUUCAGCUUCUACUGAUUAAUUAUAAUCCUUAAACAAUCCGUUUCCUGAACUAAAAAUACAGAUUCAAAAUAAAAAUUUUGAUUCUGAAUAAACCCCAUAAAAUUAGAAAAGAAACUCGAAAGUCAAUAAUGAUUUAAAUAAAUUUUAAUCAUAAGUCAAUGAAAGCGGAUAAAGCUCUACUAACAGUCCUACUCUACAAAAAAGUACUUAAAAGCAGUCAAUAUCAAUGUUUUCGAAGAUGCACAACCCAUUAAUGCAUAUGAAUAGAAGGUAAUCUAAAAUAGUUGUAAUUGAUUCUGACUUAAAGUUAGGAAUCAGUAAUAACAACGAUAAUAACAGCCAAACUAAUAGUCCCACAAACAUAAACGAAAAUUACAAAAAAUCAUGCCUUUCGAAACAAUAGUCAAAUAAUACAGAAGAAAGUGUUGAUAGCUAAUCGAGUAGUCGUAAAAAUAGUUUAAAUAACAUAGAUUAAAAUAAUAAGUCAGUAUCUGUGAAGUAAAGUAGCGAAACAUAAAAAACUGAGUAAAAUAGUUUAAAUACGAUAUAAAAGAUCUCUACCCCAAUCAGUAAUAAAAAUAAUUAACAAGCUCUCUUAAAUAUAGGCUUUGAAGAUAUUUUAAAGAAUUACUAUGAAAAAUUAGAUUAAGAAGAAGAUAAAAAUUCCACAUCUUCCAUUAGAGAUUUAAACAAUAACUAUAAUAAUGGUAGUCAUGUAAGCCUAAAUUUUCCAAAUUAUCAAUAAUAAUCUGGUUUUUAGCAAAAUAGCCCUAAUAAAGUACAAAAUUAAGAAAUGUAAAUAAAAAGGCUUGGAUCUAUUUAGAGAUACUAAAGCUUUGAAUCAAGGUCAAGCUUUGUAAAUUCACCUAAAAGCUAAUCCAAUCGUGUUCGUCCUUAAAUAAACCAAACAGAUUAACCUUCAAAAUAGAAAGGACUUGCAACAAUAUACAUUGAAUUAAAUGAAAUUAUGAAUUCUCAUAUCUUACAAAACUUAACUUUAUCAGAGAAAUUAAGUUCUUUAUUAGAAUUUUAUAAUAUAAAAAUGCAAAAUCUGUAGCAUUAUUAUUCUGUUUUCUUGAAAUUUGUUCUUAUAGAUGACUCAAAGGUAUUUAAUCCAGAUACAUUUGCUAGUUUUAAGAUACACUAUUAGGUAUUUGAGUAGCUGUAAAUUAUUCUGAUAGAAACCCUUAAAUCCCUAAACUACAACACUCAUGCAAUAGAAUAAAUUAUUGAGCGUCUUGAAUAUCAAAAAAAGUACAUAACAGAAGGUCUUUUAGUUAAUGAAAUAGGUGGCUCAUCUGGAAUUCUUAAAACAAUUGUUGAGUCUCUGGAAGAAUUAAAUUAAAAAUUGCCUUAUAAUUUUUCAUCAUAGUUAAGUGCAGAGGAAAAAACAGCAACUUUAACUAGAGUUGUCACAAUUAUAUGCAACCAAGAAAGGUUAUUUAAUAUCAAUGCUAAUAAUUAUAUAAAUUCCAUAGACUAAAAGAGUAAUUUUGAUAUUGAAAUGUAGCCAUAUUUACAUUACUUUAAAGAUUUUGGGUAAAAAGAAUUUUAUUGCCUUAAACUCACAUUUUAUACAUCAUUAAAGUAAAGAGGUUAUAGACAAUAAACUAUUUUUAGAUUCCUUGAAUAAUUCGAAAAAGCUCGCUACAAAAUCUCCUCUACACUUACUAUGAGUAAUCUUCUUAAAGAUAAACAAGUAUACGAUCAGCUCGUUUAAGAUUAUAUAUGGAAGAUUCAACAGGAUAAUUAGAUGUGUUAAGCAUUUGAGAAUAAUAAAGAAGUUAUUUAAUUUUUCUGCCAUUCUGUAAUUCUUGAAUUUAUCUACUCACUUCAUGGAAGGUUUGAUCUUUACUUUUUGUUGUCCAAAUUACCACAUUUAACGAGUUCUCACCUCAGUAAGCUGGCUUCAUUCCUAACUGGGAUUGUUGAUUACAGAGGAUUAUCUUAACACUUUAUAAACGAUAUUAAAAUAAAGUUCUUGAAAAUGUCUUAUAAGCUAGAUUUGGAUAAAUCUCCUAUAACUCUAAUUAAAUAGGAGACCAAUAAUAUCAAUUUCUUGGAGGAUCUCAUAUAAGAAAUAAAUUCAAUAAUGCACAAAGAUGAGUGUUUUGAAAGUUUUAUUUAAAAAUUCCCAGAAGAUAAAAUCAGUCUAACUAUUGCAGACACAACUUAACUACAAAGUGGUUUAAGGGCUUUGAAUUUCUUCUUAUUGACCUUACUAUCUGAAUUUGAUAUAUAUAGUAUCUAAGAUUUGCACUCUGCACUUUAAGCUUUUAAUGUAAGCAUAACGAUACCUAUUUAAUGGAAAAUUGCUAUAGAAUUUGCUCUUAAUAAUAUGAAAAUUCCAUACAAAAUUUCCUAAAAGAUCAUAGAAUUAAUUUCAUUAUAAUUUUCUCUUCUUUACAAAAACACUCAAUAUGAAUAAUUUAACCAAGUUUUAUUAAAUUGA